CCGGGCACCGCCGGGACCCGUGCCGGACGGGUCGCCUGUCGCCGCUCCCUCCAUUCCGCGUCCCCUCCUCGCCCGUCCGCACUCCUCAGCAGUCUCAGCCUGCUCAGCUGGGAUGUGGUCCUGACGCCCCCAAGAUUUUAAGAGCAAAAUGCAGACCGUGUCUCAUCGCGGGACUCAGCGAUUCACUCAUUUCAAAUCCGCUCUCUUUAUAGAACAACACACACCAGAAUCAUUUAUCAGCGUAUAUGGUAGCCAUCUGGGUUUGUUUUUUUUUUUUUGUUUUUAAGCAAGGAAGUAAACCAAGGAGAUAACAAUGGGUUGUCUACUUGGAAAUUUUUUUGUGUACUAGAAGACACGCUGUAUGUGCGUGUUUGGAUUUAGGGACCCCAGUUUGAUCAGGUUAGCGGACCGAGAGGACAGUGCCUAAUAUUGCAUUGCAAGAUGAUUAGAAAUUUAGAAAUAAAAUUCAUUUCAUAAGUAGUUUCCACUAAUAGCAGUAGGUCUGACUCGUGAGAAGAGCAAAGAUUUAGUAGGAUUCACUUGAGCGAAUUGUAGAACGAGGCGGUGAUAACAUUCUUCGGCAGUGUUAUCUUGAACUUCAGAAGAAACCGCUCAACUCUUUAGCAACUGCUUGAGGGACUAGCCUGUCUCUCAGGGUUCCAUCCAGGCUUUCGAAGCUGCUUUAUUUUUAGACAUACAGUGACGCUGAGUGGACUUCAAGUCAAUUUUACCUGAAUUGUGUAUACAAGAGCAUCUGUCAUGAGGCAUGUAUAGUAAUGAAGUAAUUAAAUCAUGAGCUAGAUGUUAGGUUGAAGCAAGUCAUCAGACCGAGUACUAAAUUAAAACUGUUGACUUUAGCCUUCCCUCAACUCUUUAUAUAUAAAACUCCAAACCUACAGAAGAAUUGGGGAAAAAAUCAUGCAGUGAACACGCAGAUACCCUUCACCUGAGGGUCCCAACUGUUAAUCUUUCACUGUAUGUGCUUUGUCUCUUUAUAUUACAUAGAUAUGUAUGCUUUGCUUUUUCUUAACUGCUACCUUUAUUUUUGAAAAUAAAAAUGUCUUUUAAUUUCCUCAGACACAGAAAAGCAUUUGAUAACUUAGGAAAAUGUGCAGUUAAUCUCGCAGGUACCCCCACACUCCACUUAUAAUAUAUUGGGAACAAAAUGUUCUAAGCUCUGUAAUAAUGCUCUCCAAUGAAGGACAAUUCUCAAAUUUAUCUGUAGUUUCAAAAGGGAAUGUUACACCUAUCUGUAUUUUAAAAGACACUAGCCGUUCCCAGAAUUUUUCGUUAAAUUCAAGUUUAGUUUGUAUCCCAUCUUGUGAAACAUUCCGAGCCCCAGGUUGGAUUUAAUCCAGCAGAACCAGAGUGUCAAAGUAUACGAAAUUGUUCUGUGCAGUUCUGGCGGGGGCAGCCCUUAGACCGAGAAACUGCAAGUAAUUUUCUCUCCGUUUUCGACUGAUCCUUUGAAAUACUCCAGCCAUGACUAAAAGAGAAGCAGAGGAGCUGAUAGAAAUUGAGAUUGAUGGAACAGAGAAAGCAGAGUGCACAGAAGAAAGCAUUGUAGAACAAACCUACGCGCCAGCUGAAUGUGUAAGCCAGGCCAUAGACAUCAAUGAACCAAUAGGCAAUUUAAAGAAACUGCUAGAACCAAGACUACAGUGUUCUUUGGAUGCUCAUGAAAUUUGUCUGCAAGAUAUCCAGCUGGAUCCAGAACGAAGUUUAUUUGACCAAGGAGUAAAAACAGAUGGAACUGUACAGCUUAGUGUACAGGUAAUUUCUUACCAAGGAAUUGAACCAAAGUUAAACAUCCUUGAAAUUGUUAAACCUGCGGACACUGUUGAGGUUGUUAUUGAUCCAGAUGCCCACCAUGCUGAAUCAGAAGCACAUCUUGUUGAAGAAGCUCAAGUGAUAACUCUUGAUGGCACAAAACACAUCACAACCAUUUCAGAUGAAACUUCAGAACAAGUGACAAGAUGGGCUGCUGCACUGGAAGGCUAUAGGAAAGAACAAGAACGCCUUGGGAUACCCUAUGAUCCCAUACAGUGGUCCACAGACCAAGUCCUGCAUUGGGUGGUUUGGGUAAUGAAGGAAUUCAGCAUGACCGAUAUAGACCUCACCACACUCAACAUUUCGGGGAGAGAAUUAUGUAGUCUCAACCAAGAAGAUUUUUUUCAGCGGGUUCCUCGGGGAGAAAUUCUCUGGAGUCAUCUGGAACUUCUCCGAAAAUAUGUAUUGGCAAGUCAAGAACAGCAGAUGAAUGAAAUAGUUACAAUUGAUCAACCUGUGCAAAUUAUUCCAGCAUCAGUGCAAUCUGCUACACCUACUACCAUUAAAGUUAUAAAUAGUAGUGCAAAGGCAGCCAAAGUACAAAGAGCGCCGAGGAUUUCAGGAGAAGAUAGAAGCUCACCUGGGAACAGAACAGGAAACAAUGGCCAAAUCCAACUAUGGCAGUUUUUGCUAGAACUUCUUACUGAUAAGGACGCUCGAGAUUGCAUUUCUUGGGUUGGUGAUGAAGGUGAAUUUAAGCUAAAUCAGCCUGAACUGGUUGCACAGAAAUGGGGACAGCGUAAAAAUAAGCCUACGAUGAACUAUGAGAAACUCAGUCGUGCAUUAAGAUAUUAUUACGAUGGGGACAUGAUUUGUAAAGUUCAAGGCAAGAGAUUUGUGUACAAGUUUGUCUGUGACUUGAAGACUCUUAUUGGAUACAGUGCAGCGGAGUUGAACCGUUUGGUCACAGAAUGUGAACAGAAGAAACUUGCAAAGAUGCAGCUCCAUGGAAUUGCCCAGCCAGUCACAGCAGUAGCUCUGGCUACUGCUUCUCUGCAAACGGAAAAGGAUAAUUGAGCCCCAGGACAUUCUGAGACUCCAAAGUCUUUCUUAAAAUGUUUAGAGCAAGUAUAGCUCUUACCUUUAUUACUGAAUUUGAAUCUUCUUUUAUUUCUAGGCUGUACAGUCUGAUGCAUGAUUUUUUUAUAAAUAUUUCAUACUCUUGUGAAUUUGGAUCUUUUUACUUUGAGCAUAUAUUUUAGAAUAUGUGUAUGUUAAAGGAUCUCCACAAUGUCUGCAGUGUGAAGGCAGGUUCAUUGUGGAAUAGUUUAACAGUCAGGAAAGCUAAACUGGUCAGUAUUAAUGUGUAGCCCUACCAAAAAUAGCCAGUAGUAUCUGAAAAUGAAAAAUAAAUGAAGUAUCUCUAGGAAACAGUCUGGCUUAACUAUUUUUGAAAAUAUAACUGUUUCCCCUCUCUGCUGCUUUAGAUGUUGCUUUACAUAGAACCAGAAAAUGGAAUUUCUCAGCUAAAGCAUGUGUGCCUGUUUCAUCUAAUCAAGCAGAGCUAAAAUGUUCAUACCGAAUAAAUUUAUAUUAAUAAAUUACUAAACUAAGAGUAUCAGGUUAUUUAUAUAUUUGCAAGCAAAGGACAGUAAGAAGUUGACUGGCAAAAGAGCAGUGCUGAAGGAGGAGAUCCAGGUUUAAAUCUGGCUUAUUAACUCAAGCCAAUUUUAAGGAUUUUCUGUAUAGAUUACUCAUGUCAGACCAAGAAUUUAAAUUAUUUUGAGAGAGGCAUUUAAUUCUAAUAAACCAGCUGUUACAAAAAUUAUAAAAUGAUCUCUGUUUUUCCUGUCAGAGAUUUAAAAAACUGAAAAGGUAUACCUCAACCCAGAAAUAAAGGUUUGGUUUGGUUUGUUAUGGCUUCCUUUUUUAAAAAAUUACCCUGUAGUGCCAGUUUAUUAUGCAAAGCCGCUUAUAUUCCGUUGUUUCUGAUAAAAUGAAGACUUUAAAUCAGUCAGCAGUACUUUACCUUUCAAGGCAUUAGUAAAUUACUUGCAAAUAGUUUUAAAAGGAAAAUACGACCUCUGUUAUAGGCAGUCUUCUCUUUAAGACAAUACUUUUCCACUUAUUUUCCUUUUCCAUAUUAUAUAUGUGUAUUCAUAUAGCUGUAUACAUAUUCAGUUGAUCAUUUUAUAAACAUAUAUGAAGGCAUAAAGAUAUACAGAAGAAAAAUUAUUAAACAGCUCAUUUUAAGAUUCAAAUUAAGUAAUUCCUGCAUAUAUGACAUUCCUUACAUAAGCGAACACUAAACAAAAAUGGCUAGAAAUGUCUUUCUUUCUUUUCUCUCUUUGUUGUUUAAGGUAUUAAGCACAAAUUAUUACAUGAGACUGGCAGAUAGCUAUUAAUCCUCUUACAGAUUUGAGAAAGUUGAUUCUCAAAUAUUUAUGCACCUUCUCCUUCAUUGUUUUCUUUAAAUCUGUCCUCUUAAAAAGCUUCUUAAGAGCUCAGUUAAUGCUUUUGACUUAACUAGGAGAAAAAGGCAUGAUAAUACAGGCAAGAUGGCAUUGUUAGCAAUUCUGGUAGUGGUUUGGAAUGAAUCCUAAGAGGCAGGGAUCUUAAGGACAAGGAAGAGAAGAGAGAGAGGAGGGAUCUUUGAUCUCUUUCUCUGGUAAUCUUAGCGCAUAAUUUUACUAAAACAUGUUCUCAAUUCAUUUAUAUUAUUAAGCUCUUCCUGCAGUUGAUAUCUGAGCAGAGUAAGAUUUGUAUUUCCAUUUUUACUUUUUUGAAAGAGAAUAUAUGGAUAGAUUAUUAGUACAAUUUGGGCACUGUGGUUGUAAGAAUAUCUGAGUAAAAUAACAAUAUGAAAUAAUAAACAGAAGCUCUAACGUCAGGUAACAAAUAGACAGCAAGAAAGGUUUUGCACCAUCCUCUUACGGCCUAGAGAGUUGACAAGUUGCUUGUAGUUUUAAAAAAAUAAUAAAGUAUACCCUUCUGGUAUAUCAUCAAGAGCUUAAGAAUCUUGGCUUUCAUAUUUAAAAUGCUUUUGGGGAGACAUAUAUUAAAAUUUUAGCCAAGAUGAUAGACAUGUCUCAAUUAUAUAUGUGUGUGUAUGUUUUUAAAGCUAAAAACAUUACUUUUAGAUCCCUAGAAUGAAAAUUUUUUUCUCAUCUAUGCAAUUCCCGUAUGGUUUUUUUUAAAUCAUAUUUUAUUCAUUUUCUCCCUUUAGCCAUUUUCAUUUUAUUUCUCAUAAUUUGAACAGAGACAGUUCUCAUACAUGAUCAGAUGCUUUUUUUUUCUUCUUACCAUCAUUUAUGCAUGACAUAGGUAAAGUAAUAUGACUAAUUUCUCCAGUUGAUUCAAGAAACUCAUUACUUUGCCUCAAAUUAUAUGUAAAAUAUUUGUUUUACUUAGGUUACAGUUAUCAGAAAGGUAGUUUUUUUCUUCUAUUAAAAUAUAACAUUGUGAAAGAAAAUAAAAUUUAUGCUAUUCAUUCUUUGUUUUUAUAAAUGAAUUUUUCAUAGAAUUUACAGUAUAUUCAAAGGAAGAAAGAUAAAAUUAUUGGUCAUCAUUUGUACCUUAGAAGUACAAGAAUUUAAGUAAAAGAAAUGUUCAUUUUUGUUUUAAAAUUUGUUUUCCAUGUGAAGUUUUUAUUGAGCCAACUUUCAUACAUAUCUCGCUAGCCUAAAGUCUAAAUAUUUGUGUUGGCAUCAGAAAAACAAAUUAGGCAGAAUUGCUAUGUGUGGUUGAUCUUCAGAUAAAUUGACUGAUCACAUUUAUUUUUGUAUCAGUCUAUGUUAUUAGGAAAAAUUGUUUAGUUGUUUUCUCCCGAUUAAUGGUGAUAUUCAAGUAUGAUACAAAAAGAAUUGUACCACCAAAUAUUUUUGUGAGGUCUGCUGUUUUCCAUAUUCAUUUUAUGCUACUGCCUUUAAGAAAGAACUAGUGUAUCCUUGAAAUAGCACAAAAAUGUUUUAAAAUUCAUAAUUGCAAAACAAAUCUGUGACUAAGUUAAUGUCUUCACAUCUAAAGGGUGUAAAAAUAUUGAUACUUCAAUAUUUCACUUGCUGCCAGGAAAAACAAAAUUCUCAAUCUUUUGUAAAUGGGAGGAGGACUUUUGCAUACAUUUUUACUCUUUAAAUAACGACGACACUUAUACUGUCAUAAUAACAAUUAUGUAUUUCUUUGUGGUUUUAAUUUUUUUUGUAAUUUUACAUAAAACAGUUAUUUUCUAUUUUUACGCAGAUAAAAAAUAUUUGUGCAUAAAAUGUAAAAAUAGUAAAAUGAGAAAAAUAAAACUAUUAUACAGUA